GAGAGGCUACAAAGGGGGGCGGGAGGCGAGAAGUCACUGAAAUCCGCCAACUUCCUCCAUCGGGGGUCUGGCUUUGCUUGCAGCAAGCGUGGGGACAACGCCUGGAAAGGGAGAGGUCUAGUCAAGAAAGUUGUAAUUUAUUCCCAUGGUUUUCUAUAGGAAAAAUAUCACUGAGCAAUCACCCAAUAUGAAGAUGGAGGGUCAAGACACCACGAUAGGGGAGAUGCAAGAGGGGAUAGCAAAAAACCCCCAUGUACUCCAGGCUGGGAGUAUCAGAGAAUUCCUCCAAAGGAGGCCAGGAGUAAUUAAAGAGGAACCUAGUGAGAGUUUAUUGCAGCAAUGGGAAACCCAGUGGCAGCAGUUCCUCAGGACAGUAGAGUCCCCUCAGCCACACUGGACAAUUCCACUGUGGCCAAAGAAACCUUCACCCUGGAAGGAUGCCAAGGCCUUUCUGGCCUCCUUUGAGCAAGUGGCUGAAGCCUGCUGCUGGCCCAAGGAAGAGUGGGUGACCCGACUCCUGCCAGCCUUCAGUGGAGAAGCAGAGAAGGCCUUCAACAUUCUGGAUGUCAAAGACAGAGAGGAUUAUGGGAAGGUGAAGACAGCCAUCUUGAGAGAGGAAGCCCUGAACCGGGAGAAGCAGCGUGAAGAGUUCCGUCAUUUCUGCUACCAGGAGGCUGAGGGGCCACGAGGGGCUUACAGCCAACUGUGGGAAAUGUGCCGUGGGUGGCUGAGAGUGGAGAAACACAGCAAGGAGCAGAUUCUGGAGCUCUUGGUCCUGGAGCAAUUGCUGAACGUCCUGCCCUCAGAGAUUCAGAGCCGGGUGAGGGAGAGUGGCCCUGAGAACUGCUCCCAAGCAGUGGCCCUGGCCGAGGAGUUCCUCUUAAGGCAGAAGAAGCAGGUAACCUUGGAGGAGGCCUCUGGGAGCAUCUCUGAGACAGGCCAGGCUCCUUCUGAGGGCAAGCAGAAACAGUUUUCAAUACCUAUUAAGGAAGAGGAGGAUGGAGAGGCUGUCCUGAUGGCAGGUGAUGUACAGGAGAAUGAAAAUGAUGGAGGACUCCAGGUGUUAUCAUUGGACAAGGUCCACAAUGAAGAUUUGGAAGGAAACUUUGGGAAUCAUGGUGGACUAGAGAGGCAAGAUGGAAAUGGUAAUGUUGAGAGAAAUGAUAAAACCAUUCCUUGCCAAGGUGGGGGAUUCCAGAAAAUUCCAAUCCAAGAAGAAAAGGCAACUCAAAAUAGAAGGAAUAAAGGUCUCACAACUCACCUGAGAAUCUACAUAGCGGAAAAUAAAAAUGAAACUGUGGUGCUUGGGAAAAGUCAGAACUUGAAUCUUAUUUCACAUCAAGAAAUUCACUCAGUAGAUAAACCAUACAAUUGCUCAGUGUGCGGAGAGAGUUUCAGUUGGAGGACAGCUCUUACUUGGCAUGAAAGAAUUCACAAGGGGGAAGAUCUCUCCCAAAUUCCAGAGAGUGAAAACUGCCACAGUGGGCAACCACACCACGAAGAGUAUCAGGUGAUCCCAACAGGAGAGAAACAGUCUCAGUGCUCAGAGGUUGAGAAGAGUGUCAGUGACCACAUAAGCCUGACUGAGCAACAAAGAACACACACAGCAGAGAGACCUUAUAAAUGCUUGGAGUGUGGAAAGACAUUUCGGUGGGCAUCACAUCUGCAGCAGCAUCAGACACUCCACACAGGGGAGAAACCGUAUCAGUGCUCAGAGUGUGGGAAGAAGUUUACUCGGGUGUCAACCCUGCGGCAGCAUCAGAGAAUCCACACUGGUGAGAAGCCUUAUGAAUGCUCAGAGUGUGGGCAGAAAUUCAGUUUCAGUUCCCUCCUUCAACGCCAUGAAAGGAUCCACACUGGAGAGAAACCAUAUAAAUGCUCAGAAUGUGGGAAGGCCUUCCGUCACCGCUUAAGCCGCAAGGUGCAUGAAAGAGCGCACACAGGGGAGAAACCUUACAAAUGCUCUGAGUGUGAAAGUAGUUUUAGUCGCACAUCACACCUGCAACAGCAUCAAAUCAUCCAUACGGGGGAGAAGCCCUAUGAGUGCUCAGAGUGUGGAAAGAGAUUCAUUUCCCCAUUCCACCUUCAGCAGCACGAGAGGAUCCACACAGGGGAGAAACCGUAUAAAUGUUCAGAGUGCGAAAGGAGCUUCAGCCACUGCAUUAGCCUCACGGUACAUCAGAUGACCCACACUGGGGAGAAACUGUUCCAAUGCUCUGAAUGUGGAAAGAAGUUUAAUUGGAUAUCAUCCCUGAGGAAGCAUCAAAGAAUCCACAUGGAGGAGAAAUCUCCUGAGUGAUGAAAGAAAUUCAGUUCCUCAGCCUGACCUUUGUGGCACCAGAGGAUCCACACAGGGAGAAACCACAUCAGUGUUCAGAACCUAGAAUGAGAAACAGUGAGAUGUCAGGCCUUCAGUGGCAUUGAGGAAUCCACAGAUCGAAAACCAUAUUGCUGCUCAGUUUGUGGCAAAAGCUUUUCCUGCCAAAUAAACAUUAUGAAGAGUGA